AAAAGCACAAAAUUCUGUAUGGAUUAAAUGAAGAAAAAUGCAUACUACAUGACUGUUUAGUGAAAGCUAUCAUGCAGUACCUGAGAAUUUCAGAAUAUAACAUUUACAAAGCAAAUUUUUAAUUUGAAUUGUAAAUAUGCAAAUAUAGAAAGCCAUUUGAGAUAUCUCCAACUUGCAAAUCCGUUGCAAUCAGGCAGAGUACUGAAAAUCCUUCAUCGGACAGCUCCGGACAGAUGAGAUGAAUGGAAAGGUAGACGGAGAAGAUGAGGAGGAAGACUAUUUAGAUGAAGAAGAAGAUGAUGAUGAGGAAGAAGAGGAGGAUGAAGAAGAGGAGGAAGAGCACCCAGAGAAAGAAGAAGAGGGGGAAAAGUGUGAUGAGAAGGAAGAUGUUCUAGAUGAGAAGAGAAAAGAGACAGAGGAACAGGAGCAAAGCAUUACAGAGCCAGACAUACAGAAAAAGCAGAUUAUGAAAGACGCAUCUGUCCCCGAUGGACCAAAGAAAGGUUAG